CCUUUGCUUUAGAUUAAUUGUUAGUAAAAAGAUAAACGCAAAUUCACAUUAAAAAACUAUUUGUACACUAAAAUAGAGAGAAAUCAAGUUGAGCAGCAGAGUAGAGAAGACAAUUAAGCGAUAAAUGAUUGUGAUAAAUAUUCGCCUAGUUCCUGUGUACCUUGUCUGCGUAUUUUGAGUGAAAUGGUAUUGUAAUGUCUGCACAUGUAUAUGAGGGUAUAAAAGUUGAAAGUUGCGACAAUUAUCAAGGCUUUGGAGCCAACUUGAUGAAGUCACUUCGCAAACAUUUAGCCGAUUACUUCGCAAAAACAGUUUGAUUACAGCGUUGAUACUUCUGUUUCCUCAACUAAUUGACUGCUUAUUUCUACUUACUGCAUCGAAAAUAAAUGAAUUUUUAGGUCACGUCGUGACAUGAGCACAAUAUUUUGCUUACCAAGUUGAGAAGCGCCUCUUUACUUUACUCCAGCGUGGCGGGCGGCGGACCAAUUGUGCUAAGUUGCAUGCAUCAAACUCACGAACAUGCAUAAAUCAUUCUUAAGUUAUACAUUUCUGAAGCGAAUUGUGAGAUACCUGAAAGCGAAGAAAAUUACGGAGUUACAACAAGAUGACGGUAGAAAGAACAGUGUAAAUCGGCAACCGCAGCAACACCGAAAGCGACUUCAAAUAAUUAAUGGAAUCUUACCUGCGCACCGUAACUUGUCAAUAAAGCAAACCACAAUUGCCAAAGAGUUGUACGAACAAAGCAGACAUCCGAAAGUUCGCGGCAUUAAGCGUGGUACACGCGCGGAUUUCAUACACAAUGGCAGCUUCCAUGAAGCCGUCGGCCCCUUGCUUGUGAUUGCCCAGUGUUUUUGUCUUAUGCCGGUGCGUGGAAUACUUGCACCCAGCCCGAAAGGGUUGUCCUUCCGCUGGAAGAGUUUUCGGACGUGGUACUGCAUAUUAUAUACGUUGGUGACCAUUGCUGAUACGGGCUUCACCAUUAACAUGGUCGUAAAAGGUGUACUGGAUGUGCGAAACAUUGAACCAUUAAUAUUUCAUGUCAGUAUACUUCUGGCUUCAAUUAGUUUCUUGCGUCUGGCCGGAAAAUGGCCGCAGCUGAUGCGAAAGUGGCAGCGGGUGGAACGGAAUAUGCCGCCUUUUCAGUCGUGGAGUGAACGCGAGGCGCUGGCGGUGCGGGUGCACAAGGUGACCUUCGUACUGAUCACAUUGUCGCUGACUGAGCAUCUACUGAGCACUAUUUCAGCCAUACACUUCGCCAACUAUUGUCCUUCACGAGUGGAUCCAAUUGAAUCGUAUUUCAUGACUGUUGUUUCGCAUAUUUUUUUCGUUUUUGAUUACUCUACUUGGUUGGCUUGGUUUGGAAAGAUAUUGAAUGUGCUCAUGACUUUCGGUUGGAGUUACAUGGAUGUCUUUCUAAUGAUAAUUGGCAUAGGACUCUCAUCACUGUUCGAACAAGUGCAAAACAGUUUAGACCGUGUCAGGGGUCAGGUGAUGCCCGAAGCUUAUUGGACGCGUACCCGCUUGCAAUAUCGGCUUAUUUGUGACCUCAUAGAACAAGUAGAUUCCGCUGUAUCUGCCUUAACUGUGCUGUCUUUCGCUAACAAUCUUUACUUCGUUUGUAUCCAAUUGCUCAAGAGUAUGAACACAAUGCCAUCUGUAGCACAUUUUGUCUACUUCUAUGCGUCGCUCAGUUUUCUCUUGGGCCGUACCUUAGCGGUCUCAUUGUAUUUGUCCGAGGUCAACGAUCGCUCUCGUGAACCUUUAAAAAUAAUCAAACAGGUACGGAAGGAGGGCUUUCAUCCUGAAAUCGACCGGUUGGCUCAUGAGAUAGGCAUGGAUACGGUAGCCUUGACCGGGUUGCAAUUUUUUAACAUUACCCGUGGAUUGGUGUUGACAGUUGCCGGCACUAUUGUCACUUACGAAUUAGUGCUUAUACAGUUUCAUGAAGAUCAGAACUUAUGGAAUUGUAAUUAAUUAGUUUGUUCGUUUGCAAUAAUUUGAAAUAAAUACAUUUGAAAUAUU